GGCAAUCACAGAUAGCAACCACUAGGACAAACCAAUCCAACGUUCAGGGUCGAAUUCACCAACAAGAGUGAGUGAAGCUUUUGUGAAAAAUGGAGGAGGGUACUUCAACAGCCGAACCGGAUAGUACCGCUGCAGAAACUGAAGACGCACAGGAAAGCCUUUCUGCUCGCUCUCCUCCACAGUCACCAAAUCCGGCACUCACUUGCGAGAUGUGUCAGAACUAUGAACUAAAUUUGACAUUAAUACAGGAAAAUGAGCGAAAGCUGCGGGAUCAGCUCAAAGCAGUAAAGUCGUUGGCGGAGAGAUACGAAAGCGAACUGUCUCAGGAACGAAAGUAUAGACAGGAUGUGGAGAAAAAAAUGGUCGAGCUAUCAUCGCAAUUCAACGAUGAUCUGAAAAUUGCUUUUUCUGAAAACGCAGCACUAGAGGAUCGUCUCAAGGACCUUUCUCAAACCCAACAGAAGGAAAGAGAAAAAUGUACAAAACAGCUGGAAGAGGCCAACCGGGUUUGCUCUGUUUUGGAAUCCGAAAUCAAGAAGUUGGCUAGCAAAUACCAGGAACUGCUUGGUUCGAAUCGAGCAACUGCUUCGGAGAUGAGAGCGGAGCCAAUUGAUCUCCCACAGAACGCCGAUCAGUUGCAGUUUCUUUGUUUACAGAUGAGAGAAGAAUUAAUAGAAUUGAAAUCUGCUCGUCAACAUGAACAGAAUGAGUUACGAGAUGAGGUUGCCUUGCUAAGAGAGCAAAUUGGGGAAGAGCGAAAUGCUAAAUUAGCGCUGGAACGGGAUCUCCUCGCUCAAGUCAACCAUCUUCAAACCCAGUUAGGCAUCGCGGCUAGUAAACUUUCUACGGCUGACGCUGUGGUGAUGAACAGUGAAUCCCAUUCAAGACAAAUACGUGAUCUCCAAAAUACAGUUGCUGAGUUGGAAGCACAAGUUAAACAGGUUCAAAGUGAACGAGCAGCAGUGGAAAUGACUGCGCAGAAUUACAAAGCACGCUGCGCUUCGUUGCAAAGCGAAUUGGAUACAUCCGAAGCAGUGCAAAAAGACUUCGUGCAGCUGUCUCAAAGUUUGCAAAUACAGCUCGAAAAAAUAAGACAGUCAGAGCAAGAAGUACGGUGGCAGUGGGAGGAUGACGUCGAGAAUUGUUCUGGAUGCGGGGCCUCAGUGAUCAAGUUGAAACCACGACCAAGGUGUUUACACUGCUGUAAGAUAUUUUGUGCGUCCUGUGUGCAGCAAACAGUUCCAAGUGGGCCAAAUCGAAGACCUGCAAAUGUUUGUCACGUCUGUCAUACGCUACUGAACAGGGACUCUAAGCCGUUUUUCGCUGUGGAUUCUAACAACAAAUAGCCUCAAGUCAUCUUUAUUUCAUUUUCCUUAGAAAUUUCUUCAACGGUUAUGUCACUGAGCUGACAAUCCGCCUCGUCAUCGAUGCGAAUAUCAAGAGAGCGGAGUUGGAAAACGCGGUUGAUAAUUGCAAUGAACUUAUUUUGAUCUCUUGUUGCAUUCACUACACAAUCAUUCACUACAACUUCAAGUUGUCGGUUUGCAUGAAUUGUUAUUCGACAUCCCGAGCAAUGAACAUCGAAAC